AAUUUUCUUCAUUUCCUCGUGUGCUGUUCGUUUCCUCCUCGCUACCUGGACAUUUCGCGUCCGCAAAGUUGAAGGGAGGAUCUCGACAAGUGUCAUUUCUACACUUGACGACAGCACUACCCUUGGAAAGCGGAUAUCAGUAGGUUUAAGUCCACGCCUAAAGCAGACCAGCGCCUAGCUGGUGAACAGGCACCAAAACAUAGAGGCACCACAUACCAUAGCCGAGAAGAUGACUACAGCAUUAGGUCGUCUCCAACUGGCACUGUUGCUAUGGGCCGUUUAUGAUAUCUAUGGCAUCUUAGCAACGACCACAUCACAAACCACGACAACCGACAUGUUGGCAACGACGCCAACUCCAGCAGCUGCAACGACUCGAACACCAACUACGGCAGCGCAAGUGAUCACGGAAGCUCAAGUGACCACAGCAGCUCAAGUGACCACAGCAGCUCAAGUGACCACAGCAGAUCAAGUGACCACAGCAGAUCAAGUGACCACAGCAUCUCAAGUGACCACAGUAGCUCAAGUGACCACAGCAGCUCAAGUGAACACAGCAGCUCAAGUGACCACAGCAGAUCAAGUGACCACAGCAGCUCAAGUGACCACAGUAGCUCAUGUGACCACAGCAGCUCAAGUGAACACAGCAGCUCAAAUGAACACAGCAGCUCAAGAGACAACAGCAGCUCCAACGAUCACAGCAGCACCGAUUACAAUAACAGGCUCUUCUGAAGCACCGACCACAAUAGGAGGCCCCACUGCAGAACCGAUCACAGUAGGGGCCUCCACUGCAACACCGACCACAUUAGAGGGCUCCACUGCAGCACCGACAUCGGGAGAUGGCUCCACUGCAGCAACUGACACAGUAGGGGGCUCCACUACAACACCGACCACAGUAGAGGUUUCCACUACAGCACCGACCACAGUAGGGGGCUCAGCUACAGCACCGACCAAGGUAGAGGGCUCCACUGCACAACCAAUAACAGUAGGGGGCUGCCCUACAGCACUAGCCACAGUAGUGGGCCCCCAUACAGCACCGACCACAGUAGGGGCCUCCAUUACAGCACCAGCCACAGUAGGGGGUUCCACUACAGCACAAGCCACAGUAGUGGGCUCCCAUACAGCACCGACCACAGUAGGGGGAUCCACUCCAGCACCAGCCACAGUAGGGGGUUCCACUACAGCACUGACUAGAUUAGAGGGCUCCACUACAGCACCGGUCACAGAAAGGGACUCCACUACAGCACCAGCCACAGUGGGGGGCUCCACUACAGCACCGACCACAGUAGCGGGCUCCACUACAGUACCAGCCACAGUAGGGGGCUCCACUACAGCACCGACCACAGUAGGGGGAUCCACUACAGCACUAGCCACAGUAGGGGGCUCCACUACAGCACCGACCACAGUAUGGGGAUGCACUACAGCACCAGCCACAGUAGGCGGCUCCACUACAGCUCCAGCCACAGUAGGGGGUUCCACUACAGCGCCGACUAGACUAAAGGGAUCCACUUCAGCACCAGCCACAGUAGGGGACUCCACUACAGCACCGACCACAGUAUCGGGCUCCACUACAGCACCAGCAACAGUAGGGGGCUCCACUACAGCUCCAGCCACAGUAGCGGGCUCCACUACAGCACCGACCACAAUAGGGGGCUCCGCUACAGCACCAGCCACAGUAGGGGGCUCCGCUACAGCACCAGCCACAGUAGGGGGCUCCACUACAGUACCGACCACAGUAGGGGGCUCCACUACAGUACCGACCACAGUAGCGGGAUCCACUACAGUACCAGCCACAGUAGGGGGCUCCUCUACAGCUCCAGCCACAGUAGGGGGUCCCACUACAGCACCGACUAGACUAGAGGGCUCCACUUCAGCACCAGUCACAGUAGGGGGCUCCACUGCAGCACCGACCACAGUAGCGGGCUCCACUACAGCACCAGCAACAGUAUGGGGCUCCAUUACAACUCCAGCCACAGUAGGGGGUUCCACUAUAGCACCGACCACAGUAGCGGGCUCCACUUCAGUAACAGCCAGAGAAGAGGGCUCCACUACAGCACCGACCACAGUAGCAGGCCCCACUACAGCACCAGCAACAGUAGGGGGCUCCACUACAGCACCGACCACAGUAGGGGGAUCCACUCCAGCACCAGCCACAGUAGGGGGCUCCACUACAGCACCGACCACAGUAGGGGACUCCACUACAGCACCGACCACAGUAGGGGACUCCACUAUAGCACAAGGCACAGUAGCUGCAUCGUCUACAGUAACAGUUACCAGUUUGACUGGAUGUGGAGGCUACCUUACAGCUCCCUCUGGAGGUCCUGUGACAUCACCGAACUAUCCCAGUAACUAUGGCGACCAUGAGAUCUGCGAGUGGGCGAUCACUGUACCAGAAGGAAGUAUCAUUCGUCUCACGUUCGACAGUUUCAAUAUUGAGCGGAAUUGGGACAUUCUUUUUAUCUACGAUGGAGUCAGUGAUAGCGCGACAGAGUUACAACGGUUAACAGGUGACCAGCCAGUCAGCCCUAUCACCAGCACAACUAACAUGAUGUUCCUGAGGUUUACAUCUGACGGCAGUGUCACGCGUCAGGGGUUCAGCUUCUCCUACAUAACCCGUGCUCCAGGUCAUUGCUGGGAUCCUGGUGUUCCGGCCAAUGGUUACAGGGAUAACAACAGUAACUUUACACUAGGACAGACAGUCAGGUACACCUGUAUGGUCGGGUACCAGCUGUAUGGGGCUGCCAAUAUAACCUGCCGGCCAAACGGGACAUGGAGUGAUGUCACACCAUUUUGUAGAGUCAGGCCCUCAUGCAACGCACCUUUGGACCUGUUCUUUGUUCUCGACGGAUCUGGCAGCAUAUCUGCCACCGACUUCAAUAAGAUGAAACAGUUUGCUGGGAACGUGGUGAGCGCUUUUGUAGUCAACGCUACCGCCGCCAGGGUCGGUGUGGUGCAGUACUCUGGCUCCAGCACAUUGGAAUUCAACCUUGGUGACCAUGUUGACAUGCUCUCUACCCUGGCCGCCAUUGACAACAUCUUGCAACAGGGUGGCGGUACACAGACCGGGGCUGCUCUCGAUUUCGCCCGCGUGAAUGCAGGAUGGAGAGGGGAAAGUGUUCCAAAAGUGAUGAUCGUGGUAACUGAUGGCCAGUCAGGUGAUUCCGUGGUGGGGCCCGCUGAUAACUUGGCCCUCCAAGGCGUGGAGGUGUACGCCAUCGGCGUAGGCAACUACGAUGGCGCCGAACUUCUGCAAAUUGCUGCCAACAACCAGAACAACGUGAUCGAAUUGGCGGACUUCAACGCCCUGAACGCAGAGAUCGAGCAGAUUGCCCAGACUGUUUGCGUAGAUACAGUCCCUUCAGAUCCAUGCAGCGACUACAAAGUUCUGAAUGAGACAUGGAGGAACGUCCAACAUGGUUACGGUUAUAAUUGUGACAGUGGGUUUGCGGGAGAGUGGUACCGUUUCAUGGGUGCUGCGGGGGAUGUCAUGCCUACACAGGCGCCCCCGAGCGCGUACAGAUGCGGUACCCAGGCGCCGAUGUGGAUGAACGGACAACACCCCACCCUUGCUGACGGUGAAGUCUUCCGCCGGGCAUGUGCGUACUCGGGCAGUAACACCUGUUACUUGCAAACAACCAUCCAGGUGCGGGCCUGCAGCGGCGGCUACUUCGUGUAUAAACUGCCCGCGGCUCCUACGUGCAAUCUGGCAUACUGCGGGAUAUUCGAGGUCGAUGAAUGCUCCACUAACAACGGCGGGUGUGAACAAAGGUGCACGAACAACAUAGGCGGUUUCAACUGCUCUUGCGAUUCCGGCUAUGAGCUGAACAGCGACGGGUUGACAUGUGAUGUUCCAUGCAGCGACUACAACGUGCUGAAUGAGACAUGGAGGAACGUCCAACAGGUCAAUAAUGGUAGCGAUAAUAGGUGUGACAGUGGGUUUGCCGGAGAGUGGUACCGUUUCAUGGGUGCUGCGGGAGAUGUCAUACCUACACAGGCGCCCCCGAGCGUGUACAGAUGCGGCACCGACGCGCCGAUGUGGAUGAACGGACAACACCCCACCCUUGCUGACGGUGAAGUCUCCCGCCAGGCGUGUGCCUACUGGGGCAGUAACACCUGUAGUUGGCAGGCAACCAUCCAUGUGCGGGCCUGCAGCGGUGGCUACUUCGUGUACAAACUGCCCGCGGCUCCUACGUGCAGCCUGGUCUACUGUGGGAUGUUCGAGAUCGAUGAAUGCUCCAGUAACAACGGCGGGUGUGAACAAAGGUGCACGAACAACAUAGGCGGUUUCAACUGCUCUUGCGAUGCCGGCUAUGACCUGAACGGCGACGGGUUGACAUGUGAUGUUCCAUGCAGCGACUACAAAGUACUGAAUGAGACAUCGAGGAACGUCCAACAGGUCAACAAUAGUAACUAUGAUAGGUGUGACAAUGGGUUUGCCGGAGAGUGGUACCGUUUCAUGGGUGCUGCGGGAAACGUCAUGCUGACACAGGCGCCCCCGAGCGCGUACAGGUGCGGCACCUACGCCCCAAUGUGGAUGAACGGACAACACCCCACCUUUGCUGACGGCGAAGUCUCCCGCCAGGCAUGUGCGUACUGGAACAGCAACGCCUGUUACUUGCAAACAUCCAUCCAUGUGCGGGCCUGCAGCGCCGGCUACUUUGUGUAUAAACUGCCCGCGGCUCCUACGUGCAAUGUGGCCUACUGUGGGAUGUUCGAGGUCGAUGAAUGCUCCAGUAACAACGGCGGGUGUGAACAAAGGUGCACAAACAGCAUAGGCAGUUUCAACUGCUCUUGCAAUGCCGGCUAUGAGCUGAAUAACGACGGGUUGACAUGUGAUGACAUCAACGCCUGCUCAUCCAACCCGUGCCACGCCCAGGCUACCUGUACAGACAACCCCGCCCCUGCACUUGACGCCAACUGUACCUGUAACGAUGGGUAUAAAGGAGACGGUCGCGCUAACGGAACUGGAUGUUCAGGGAACUGCAGCUGUGGUAACAUACUGCGUCAUGCCACAGAAACGGUUGACCAGUAUACCAGCUACACGGUUCCAAAUGGUUGGAUCAUGUGCUACAUCGACGAGCGCGACACAGCCUACCACAACACCCCGUGUCUGGACCUACUCCUGGGAAUUCCUGAGUACGGAAAUGCCACUCAACUACUGGCAGCCGGAGGAAACUUUGGGUGCUGGGUCGGAUCCACUGGUCACUCUCCCGGACCGGCAUUCGCGACAAAUAAUGUCAUUCAGAACAGCUGCCAAGACAAUAUCCAGCAGUGGGCCAGAUUUGCAGACUGGUAUCCAUAUACAAUAACACUGGGUGUUUGUAUAAGAGGCAUCGUCUGUGAGCCGACCGCUGCAUCAACAAUGGCAGGGCCGACCACGAUAACAGGUACAACUACAGAGCCAAACACAACAGUCACAACUACAGAGUUCACCACAACAGUCACAACUACAGAGCUGACAACAACAGUCACAACUGCAGAGCCGACCACAACAACAGUCACAACUACAGAGCCAACAACAACAGUCACAACUACAGAGCCGUCAACAACAGUCACAACUACGGAGCCGACAACAACAGUCGCAACUACAGAGCCUACAACAACAGUCGCAACUAAAGAGCCGACAACAACAGUCGCAACUACAGAGCCGACAACAACAGUCGCAACUACAGAGCCGACAACAAAAGUCGCAACUACAGAGCCGACAACAACAGUCGCAACUACAGAGCCGACAACAACAGUCGCAACUACAAAGCCGACAACAACAGUCGCAACUACAGAGCCGACAACAACAGUCGCAACUACAGAGCCGACAACAACAGUCGCAACUACAGAGCCGACAACAACAGUCGCAACUACAGAGCCGACAACAACAGUCACAACUACGGAGCCGACAACAACAGUCGCAACUAUAGAGCCGACAACAACAGUCGCAACUACAGAGCCGACAACUACAGUCGCAACUACAGAGCCAACAACAACAGGCACAACUACAGAGCCCACCACCACAACAGUCACAACUACAGAGCCUACAACAACAGUCACAACUACAAAGCCGACAACAACAGUCGCAACUACAGAACGGACAACAACAGUCGCAACUACAGAGCCGACAACAACAGUCGCAACUACAGAGCCGACAACUACAGUCGCAACUACAAAGCCAACAACAACAGACACAACUACAGAGCCCACCACCACAACAGUCACAACUACAGAGCCUACAACAACAGUCACAACUACAAAGCCGACAACAACAGUCGCAACUACAGAGCGGACAACAACAGCCACAACUACAGAGCCGACAACAACAGUCACAACUACAGAGCCGACAACAACAGUCGCAACUGCAGAGCGGACAACAACAGUCACUACGAUGGUCCCAAUCACAACUCAGCUUUCAACGACAAAAACAGCAGACGUAACCGGACCAACGGUUUCAACAGCAGUUGUAGACUGCGGCUGCCCAUUGCAGGCCUCCCAUGCUGAGGUUGAUCUGACCUCAACAACCACUGGAUCUGUUGCUGUAUACAGAUGUAAAGAGGGGUUUCAGUCCGCGAGCGGGGACACAACUCUCACGUGUGACAGUGAUGGGCAAUGGAAUGGUACACCGCCAAGCUGUGAAGCAAUAACACCCUGUAAUAGGGCCUGCGGGUUUGGAAGCUGCUUUGUUGAUGACGGUAUUCGGAAAUGCGACUGCUACAAAGGAUAUAGGUUUUUCGGCCUUUCCCAGUUUUGCUUAGAUGUCAAUGAAUGUGAAAAUGGUUUGGAUUAUUGUUUGGGACGACCAGCCUGUGCGUCUAACGCAAGGUGCAUCAACUCUCCGUAUGGCUCGUACACGUGUCAGUGUCCCAGCGGCUAUACUGGUGAUGGGAGGACUGCGUGUGAGGAUGUAAACGAAUGUUUGUCGGCACCCUGUUCCGAGUUUGCCAACUGCACCAACACAGCAGGCAGCUACAGUUGUCAGUGUCAGGACGGAUACAUUGGGUCGGGCACCGUUUGCACAGAAAUCAACGAGUGUAACUCCAACCCCUGCAUCGGAGGAACAUGUGUGGAUAGGAUCAACGGGUACAACUGCACCUGUCGGGAGGGGUUCGCUGGUGACACGUGUGAAUUAAAUAUCAAUGAUUGUGACCCUAAACCCUGUCUCAACAAUGGGACGUGCAGUGACAGGAUCAAUGCGUACAGCUGUGACUGUGUGGAUGGAUGGGAGGGAAACAACUGUGAACAGGAUAUCAAUGAGUGCGUGUCCGAUCCUUGUAACCGGAAUGCUGAUUGCAAAAACACAAACGGCUCCUUUACCUGCACCUGUAAACAAGGUUUCCAUGGAGAUGGAUUUGAAUGCACCGAAACCGAUGAGUGUGCUUCCAGCCCCUGUCAAAAUGGAGCAGACUGCAUGGACGGACUGAGCAAGUACACGUGUGACUGUACAAGUGAAUGGCAGGGUGUGAACUGUGAGGAUGAUGUGAACGAGUGUCUUCUACACAAAUGUCACAAAAACUCUAACUGCACUAACUCACCCGGAAGCUACACCUGCACGUGCCAUGAAGGUUUCUAUGGAAAUGACCUAACAAAGGAAAACCUCAUAUGUAGAGAAAUUAUCCUGUUUCCAUACGGAGAACAACAAGGAGACACAUCGCUACCUGACACAAACGAGCACAAAGACAUCUCACUACCAUCAUUGAUUGAAAUCAGUGUAGGGUUCCCCUUCUUUGGAGAGUUCUACUACAGCCUUUACUUCUCAGAUAACGGAUUGAUAGUGUUCCCACCGACGGCGCAGUCCCGUGCACGGAGAGAACCGUACCCCAACCCCAGCCCGUUCAGUAGUGACAACACGGUACAGGCAGGGUUCCCUCCCAUGAUAGCAGCUUCCUGGGGAGAUGUUGAUCUAACAACUGACGUUGGGAAAGUGUGGUAUCAGGUGUACUCUGAUGAUAACUCUGUUGAUGGUGCCACCCAAGCAAUGUUUGACAUGGUUACCGAGAGAAUGAACCAGUCUUUCAGUGACACCUUUGUAACUACCUGGGUUCUGGUUGUGACUUGGGACAGCGUACCGUCCGUGGAAGCAAUAUACACCAAACAGAACCCAAACACGUUCCAAGCCGUCCUGGCCACAGAUGGGUCAGACUCCGUUGCGUUCCUAACCUAUAAGGAAGAUGAGAUGCUGUGGACCAAUGAAACACAGAGCGUUGUCCUCGGCUACAACAGUGCUAACGGGGCAAACUUUGAAAACAUUCAGCUGGCGAACCCUUACAGACCCGAUCAAGUCAACGGAAACACAGGACUAAAAGGACGAUGGGCCUUUAGGUUGGAGAGCGAUGCAACAAGAAAAACGAACUACAAGAAGAUGUGUCGUGACUGGUACAACGCCGAACCUGAUCCUUCAGAGUGGAUUUUUGGAGAAGGCCAGUGCCCUUGCACGCUGCUGCAGGCACUACGGGACCAUCGCUGUACCCCCGUUACCCUCUCUCCCUCUGAAAUCCCCAGUCUUCUUGCAUCAAUUGAAGACUUGGAAGUUUGCCUCAGCCCUCUGUUUGCCAGCCCGACUGGUUCAAGUGUAGACUGUUGCUACAAGUUCCUGGCCUUGAACACUGAAAUACCGCUGGCUGGAAGUCAUCACAGAUACCUACGGCAUUCCCAACGAAAACAUUACACCGGCCUUGACGUAAACCCCAAGUCCUGGUGCUGUAGUCUGUCUGACGAUGAAGACUUCUGUAACAUGUACUAUGAAAAGAGGCCUCCGAACAGCUGUUCUUCUUACUUGCCACUACACCUAGCCAUAACUUGGGGAGACCCUCAUAUGAAGACAUUUGACGGACUCGCCUACACAUUCAACGGGUUAGGCGAAUUCAACCUUGUCAAGACGAGCGGGACUGAUGUCCAGUUCAGGCUGCAGGGCCGCACAGAGAAAGCCAUCGGGACUCAGGGAGCUGCCGAGGCUACAGUCUUCACGGCAUUUGCGUCCAAACAAGAAGGCUCAUCAACGGUUGAAAUGGGCUUGAACGAAGACAGGACUAACAUGACACUAAUGGUGGAUGGACAGUACAUCAACGUCACUGACCUAGAGCACAACGGUGCGCAGCGUUUUGCCAAUGUGACCCUUCAGUACAAUUUCAACUCUAACCGGACAAGUGUGGUCGCAACCUUCUCUUCGGGGGUAACAGUGACAGUAACGCCCCAGAAACGCAUGUUGAAUGCAGAGAUCGGAUCUCCCGAGUCUUUAGAGAACACCACCAGAGGUCUCCUUGGUGUUUGGAACGGCAACAUUCUUGACGACUUCACCUACCCUAACGGGACGGUACUGCAGCCUCCAGACGACAGAAACCUGACAGAGGAAGAAAUCUUCCCGUGGGGAUUAUCUUGGCAAAUCAGUCAAGACGAAAGUCUGUUCACGUACAAGGAUGGACAAGACGCAACUUCCUUCGCCAACCCAGAUUUCAGGCCAAAGUUUCUGAGCCAACUACGAAAUACUGUCCCUGGCGAGAAACAAAGUGAGGCUGAAGAUCUAUGUGGCUCAAAUGUUGAAUGUCUCUUUGACUUCCUCAGCACAAAUGAUACCGAAGUUGGGGAGCAAACCAAGUCUAGUAUUGAGACUUUCGAUUCAGAUGCAGAGAAGUUGGCCAAUUUUCCACCCAACAUCACGGUCAAUGCCACAGUGAAUGGGGUGGUUGGACAAGUGGUUGAACUUCAGGCUACUGCGAAGGACCCUGAGGACAAUCCCGUGACGUAUUCAAUUGGCAAUGUCAAUGCCAUUCCUGGGGCGACCAUCAAUCCUGUUACCGGUUUCCUUUCGUGGAGACCCACCAGCCUUCUACCUGUGCAACUGGAGAUUGUUGCCAGAGACGACAGAGGUGCAUCUUCGUCGUCUUACCCGAUGGUGAAACUCUGUGACUGUAAAAAUGGCGGAACCUGCAACUUUGUCACCGUCGACUUUACUGGAGAGAUCAACCCGGUUGGACAGUUUCAGGUUGUUACCUGCUCGUGCCCUGAAGCCUACACCGGAGAGUUCUGUGAUGAUGAUAAGGAUGAAUGUGAGGAGGACCCGUGUUAUCCAGGUGUGGUGUGUACAGAUAACGUGGCACCUGCAGCAGGCUUCACCUGUGGGCCCUGUCCUACCGGUCUGAGUGGAACUGGUGAAAAGUGCUAUGAUAUCAAUGAGUGUAUCCAGGGUCAGAUAUGUGAACAGCCUCAUAACUGUGAAAAUACUCGGGGUAGCUACAUUUGCGGAUGUGACUUUGGAUACAACGUGGAUAGCAACGGCUUGGACUGCAAUGAUAUAGACGAGUGCGCUCUUGGUACAGCUGGCUGUUCAGAUCUGGCGACGUGCACCAACACAGAGGGCAGCUUCAUCUGUUCGUGUAAUACCGGAUACUUUGGAAACGGAACUUACUGUGAAGAUAUUGAUGAAUGCGCGAUUACAAGUUCUUGUGAUCGCAAUGCUGUAUGCGACAACACAGUUGGAUCCUACAAGUGCACAUGUAAAGCUGGAUAUGAAGGUAGCGGACGGAAAUGUGAGGACACCAAUGAGUGUGACCAACCGGACAGCUGCCAUACGCAUGCGGAAUGUACCAACAAUAUCGGCUCCUACAGCUGCAGCUGCAACACUGGGUACCGCGGACACGGGACAGUCUGUAACAACGUGGACGAGUGUGAUGAGCUACUGGACAGCUGUCUUCCUGGCCUGGGGAUCUGUAUAGAUAACCCUGGGUCCUACAGCUGUGCGUGUAGGGAUGGCUAUGUAGGAGAUGGGGUCACCUGUGAAGAUCUUGAUGAGUGUUCAGAUGAUGCUCUUAACAAUUGCACUGAGAACGCCCAUUGCACCAACACGGAGGGCUCUUACAUCUGCCUGUGUGCAGAGGGAUACGAGGGGAUCGGUUCAGUGAGUUGCAUGGAUGUAGACGAGUGUACAAAUGAUAUCAAUAACUGCGCACAGGAGGCAACCUGCACCAACACUCCAGGAUCUUAUCUCUGUUCCUGUAACGAAUGGUUCGCCGGGAACGGGGUUCAAUGUGAAGAUAUUGAUGAAUGUGUGAGGGGAGAAGAUGAUUGUGACGAUGACACAAAAGCCGUCUGCACUAACCUGAUUGGAGGAUACAACUGCACAUGUUACAAUGGGUAUGAAGGAGACGGUAGGAACUGUACAGAUAUAGAUGAAUGUUUGACUGACAAUGACAAAUGCUCUGACGACUGCUUCAACACUGAGGGGAGUUAUACAUGUAGAUGUAAAGAUGGCUACAGGCUGGCGGUCGAUGGAUUCAACUGUAAUGAUAUUGACGAAUGUGCAGAAAAGAUAGACAACUGUGAACAAGUCUGCACCAACACAGAAGGUGGAUUUAACUGUUCCUGCGCUUCUGGGUUCACUAACGUUCGAGAUUCUUGCCAAGCUUCCCAAAAUUGUACGAGUACAACCUGCAAAAAUGCAGCGUGCUUUGUGGAUGUGGAUGGUGAGAACAGAACCGAGAGGUGCCUUUGUUUUUCUGGCUACAAAUUUGUCAACGAAACAGUUUGCGAAGACAUAGACGAAUGUUCCAGCGACACAAUGAAUGCCUGCGACCAGUUGUGCAACAACACAGACGGCGGAUACAUGUGUGGUUGCUACCGUGGCUUCAUGAUUGGUACUGAUGAUCGCACAUGUACUGAUGUUGAUGAGUGUGCCAAAAAUGAGCUGAAUGAUUGUGACCCAAACGCCCUUUGUGAUAACAACCAGGGAGGAUACACCUGUAGUUGUAGACAGGGCUAUACGGGUAACGGCACAUUCUGUACAGACUAUGAUGAGUGUACGUUGGGUAGUCAUGCUCAGAACUGCAGUAACAGCGCACAGUGUGUCAACUCUGAUGGUGGCUUCAGCUGUACCUGUCGUGACGGGUAUAUCGGCGACGGCUUCUUCUGUGCCGAUGUCGAUGAGUGUAUGCACGGUUCUCAAAAGUGCCAUGAACAGGCAACAUGUACCAACGCCGUGGGCAGCUUCACCUGUUCCUGUAAUGCUGGGUUCAAUGACAUGGGAACAGUGUGCGAAGACAUAGAUGAAUGCAAAAACGGAAUGGGUCUGUGCGAUGGAAACGCAACAUGCGCCAACAACGCUGGGUUCUACACCUGUACAUGCAAUGCUGGGUACACUGGUAAAGGAAUGACAUGUACAGAUGUGAACGAGUGUUUAAGUGGCCAAGCUGGCUGCCAUGAACAGGCAUCAUGCAGAAACACAGAGGGCAGCUAUGUGUGUACCUGCAAAGCUGGUUUUACAGGCAACGGAACGGACUGUAAAGAUGAAGACGAGUGUACAGAAGGCAAACACACCUGUACAGAAAACUCCGUGUGUAUGAAUACCGAAGGCUCCUUCAAUUGUCCUUGUAAGUCCGGCUACAUCGGAAGUAGCUGUGUGGAUGUCCGUGAGUGUGAGGAGGACAUUGACGACUGUGAUGACAACGCUAACUGUACCAACACACCGGGCUCAUUCAGCUGUGUCUGCCAUUCCGGCUACGUAGGAAACGGUACAGUCUGCACAGAAAUUACCAUAACAUCAGAAGCGACUACACUCGAAUUCAAAAGUACGGCAGCCCCAACGACGCAAACUAGAAUGACUGUUACUGCUGGGCGGCCAAAACCGCGGAAGUUUGUGCCUGCCCAAAUAACGAUGGACAGAGACUUUAAACCUGGAUACAACGACGCAAAUUCACAGGAGUAUAUGGAACUAUCGUCACAGUUGAAAUCAUCGCUCUCCAUCGUCUAUUCUGGAAUUCAGGGGUUCAUCGAGAUCAUCAUUAUUCGAUUCAUCCCCGGCAGCGUGCAAGCCAGAUACGCAGCAGUUUUCACCGUUGAAGACUCGGAACCUGACUCCAUCAUCCAUCAGGCGGCGAGGACGAACCUUCAGAGGGCAAUCGAUAGUGGGACGUUUGACUCGGACCUGCAGGUCAACAGUGACAGCCUAGAGCCGACCAAACUCAGUAAAGAAGACUUGGAUCAAGUGUCAUGUGACUUGCCAUGUGGGGAGGGGGGCGUGUGUGCCCGGAGUGAGCCCUAUCCUGGAGCUGUGGUAGCAGAAUGUCAGUGUGAGGAAAACUACUGCAACACUGGAACCUGUGAGUUUAACGUUCAGGAGGGAAGACCAAGAUGCAACUGCCCGGCAAUACAGGGUGCCUGGUACAGUGGGGAGCGCUGUCAGGUCAGUUUGACCGAAGCGGACUUGAUCGGUAUUGCAUCAGGCUGUGCGUGUGCUGUGUUGGUAAUCGUCCUGUUGGUGGUUGUGUGUAUGGCCAAGAGGUCCAGGCGUUUGGCAAAGAAGAGAAGACAAAUGAGACAAAUGAGGUACAGGGUUGAUGCACCUGCAGUCCCCCAGGCAAACUUCUAUGGCCUUCCGGACUUGGAUGAAGACCGGGACGACUAUCUCUCGCCAGUCGACUACGUUUUGCCUAUAGAGUCAUGGAUACCGCUUCAUAGCCUUCCGGUCACCGACCUGAAUGAAGACCAAGACGACUAUCUUUCACCUGUGCCUCUAGAUGCUGAUAUGAUACCUAUAGCUAUACACACGGAAUCCCUGCGAGUCAGGGGAAGGUCUUUCUGGAACCCAAGUGUUGCGAAAGUGCCAUCAGGAGAGAUUAAGAUCCCACGCCCAUCUGUGAAGACCAAGACUCAUACUAAAGACGAUAAAAGUGGGCAAUUUGUCCAGACGUUCGAGUUCAAGUUCUGAUCAGAGGGAAAUACAAAGAAGCAAAAGCGGAAAUCUACGACGAUUGAACAUCUUUGUGAAUACAAGCUGUUUGCGGAAAUCGUCCAGAGUACAAACGGAAAACUUGCUUAUAAAU